CGUUUCCUUCUCCUGCUGCUACGGCUGCGCUGCCUAUCAUAGGAUCAUCAAUAGCGAUCAUUAACAUUGAUCCAUGCUGGAACUGCAUGGAUCGCUGUCUUGAAGUGUUUUAAUGUCUUCAGAGAGAUUCACUUACUGAGCUCAUGGCAACAGCAAAUACAAAUCAGGGAGGAUCCCCGGAGGAGUCAAGCGUUCCCUCUGAGACCUACUCGUUGAGGUCCGAAGAGUCGAGGCUGGGGUCUGAGGAAUCCAGAAGGAGGUUGUCGGGCCCCACAGUCUCCUGGGAUUCAGAGCUGGCUUCCAUCAGGCACAGGUUAAAGUUUGUGUUGAAGCUGAAGGAGGAAUUUGUUUGUCCAAUCUGCAGAGAGGUGGUGCUCAAUCCCCAGCAAAACUCCUGUGGUCACAUCUACUGCUUCCACUGUCUCCAAGGACUAUUGGAGAGUUCACCGUCCAACCCAGUUUGCCCAGUGGACAAAGCUGUGAUCACACCAACUGAGGUUUUCCAGGAUAACUGCUGCAAACGUGAAAUUUCCAGUUUAGAAGUGUACUGCACCAAUGCCCCAGCAUGCACGACUAUUUUCACAUUAAACAAUCUGCAGGAGCACCUGAAGUCAUGUCAGUAUGAGCCGGUGCAAUGCACCAAUACAAGCUGCAUUGCAGUGUUACAGAGGAGGCACUUGCAAGAACACCUGACCAACAUCUGUCCAUACCGCAGGGAACCCUGCCCACACUGCAGGCAGCUGUUCCAGCUCAGUCUCAUUCAGGAUCAUGUGCAGAGCUUGUGUCCAGAUGUGAAGGUAGACUGUCCUGAAGGCUGUUCCCAAAAGGUCCCCAGACACAAGCUGACCAGUCAUAGACAGUUAUGUCCUGAAGUUAACAAUGACUGCUGUUUUAAGAAAUUUGGCUGCUCUGUACAGGGUAAAAGAAGGAAUGCCAAGCUUCAUGAAGACAAAGCUAUCAAUCACCACAUGCUGCUGGUCCUGAGGAGCAAUACCCACCUGGAGAAACAAAUGGAAGUUUUCCAAGAGGAUUCGCUGGAAAUGGAGCAGGAGGUCCAGACAGACACUUUGCUACUUACUGGACUGCAGAAGCAAUUCAGACCACUUUUGCAGCUGAGCAGCAAUCAUGAGCAUGCGGUCUCCAUGGCUCAGAGAACUCUUAGAAGGCAAGAGGAUACCCUAUCUUCUGUCCAGCUGGACCUCCAGCAGGUGUCUCGGGGGCUUCGUCCUCAUCUGGAAGAGCUAGCACAGCUCAGGAAGUCUCUGGAUGUUGCGAUGCAGGAAGUGUCUGAAGUUGAGGCCCUUAGAGAGCAUCUAGGAACCUUGGAGGAGAACUUAAAGCGUCACUCAGGCCUCCUACAUCUUCAUGCUGCUCAACUUAAUCUCAAUAAAAAGCACCUGCAGGAGCUUGAAGCGACAUCUUAUGAUGGGAAAUUGAUCUGGAAAAUUGAAGACUUUGGGAAGAGGAGUGGGGCAGAGGCCAAUGGUCAGCUGUCAUGCCUGACAAGUGUGCCAUUCUACACUGGACGCUGUGGAUACAAGAUGGCCAUUAAAGCCUAUCUGAAUGGGGAUGGGGAGGGAAGAGGUACUCACCUGUCACUUUAUGUAGUCCUCAUGCCUGGAGACUUUGACACUCUUCUGCCAUGGCCUUUCAGACAGACUGUGUCUCUCUCUGUUCUGGACCAAAGUGGUGCCUCUAACCAUCGGAGUCUCAGCUUCAGACCUGACCAUACCACCAAGUGCUUCCAACAACCCACUCCUGAAUCCCAGACCAAUGUUGCUGUUGGAUUUCCUUGCUUUAUUUCCCACAAUAUGCUGCAAACUCCCCAAAAUGCUCUGUACGUUAAAGACAACACGCUAUUUGUGAAAGCUAAGGUGGAUAUGACAGGUUUUGAGCAGCUGUAAAAUUUCUUCAUUAUCUGAUGAUAAGCUUAAAUGACAAUAUUAACAAAGAUAUACCAUAGGGAUGGGGUCAUGUGGCCCAGCCUUAAGAUGGCAGCAUAGCGGGAUUGCUACUAAGACAGCGUACGAACUGUACGCUGUUAGUGUGGUUUGGAAUAUACAGCAUUGAAAUGUCUAAAGCUUCAUCUGUCAAACAGUGUGAAAUCUUUCCCGAAGACGCAAGACAGGCACUAAGACAACCGCACCAAAUCCAGCACACAACACAGAUGAAGUAUUGGAUGAGUUCAAAUCAAAUCUGAGACAUAUUGAACCAGGCGGCUCAUAUCGAGGAGGCUGAGGCUUGCAUUGUUGAGGUAGAAAGCACACUUGAAAAAAACAGAAACAUCACUGAACUAUCAAAAGAAUCCUACUUCUUGAAGCCAAAACAGAUGACUUAGAAAACCGAGUAAAAUGAAAGAACUUGUGCAUCUUUGGCAUAAGAGAGGAAGCAGAGGGGAAACAACCACUCUUCGACUUUAUUAACAACAUGCUACCUAAAUGCUGGGGCUAGCACCUGACAAGUCAUUCACACUGGAACGAAUACAUCGCACGCUAGCCCCCGGGAAACAGAACAGAGCGGUGCUCAUUGGUUUCUUAAAAUUCCAAGAGAAAGAACUGGUAUAUUGGGAAGCAAGAAAACAAAAAUUACACAAGAUCACAUUUGCAUAGGAUCUGUCUGCGGAAAUGGUUAGGAUCCUAUGGGGAUUUUUACCAGGUUGUCAAGCUGCUUAUUGAUAAUAAUGCCUUCCAUGGAUUCCAGCACAACCCCUAUAGGCCCAGGAUCCUGUACGAUGGAAAGAUCCACCUUUUCUCAACACCUCAAGAAGCUGAAAAAUUCUAUAAGAAUCUGCCAAAGGACACAUGAGAAGAUGCCCAUGAUCAGUAAGUCGUAAAGGACAAGUUACUUAAACAACAGGUUAACCUUUAAGACAUUUAAUGAGACAGCUCCUGCUCCUACAUAACUGAUUAGCAACAGAGUCAUUGACAAGAGACAGAUAAAAUCUUGAGUUUGAAUUAAUACAACAUAACUGGGCAUUUUAAAGCACAUAUUCGUUCUAAGUUUAAUCUGAAUUGUUUUAGGAUCUAUACUAACAGCUGAGCCUUAAUUAAGUCAUUAUUUUUUGCUAUCAAGGGUAAACUUUAUUUUAUUAUGGAACAAAUUAGUACCUUUAUAUGAUUAGUAGACACUGUCUGAUUUAUGGGGCUUUAGUGAGGUUGCGUUGACUAGUUACUCCUCAGUGAUGUGGAUUAACACCCUCCAAAUAUUUUGCUCAAGGGAAGGGGGAGGCAUUUCUGAUAAGUAAAUGCAAAUGUUCAAUCAGAGAUUGUUUACAAGUUCUGUAUCUGGUGUGUGUGAGUAUGUGAAUGUAUGUGCAAACCUGCAUCUCCUUUUUCCUUACUUUGUCUAUCUUAAGUACACAAUCUGAUACUAUUUUAUGAAGAGGACAACUAAAGAAAACAUUUUGAACGUUAACAUUCCGUUAACAUCCUUUAGGGAAUCAGUCUUAUGGGUUGUAGUGAUGGGUCGGUCGCGAACGAAAUGGCUCUUAGAGCCGGUUCUUUGACGUGAACGACGAGAGCCGGCUCCUUAUCGCGAGCCGUGGGUUU